CCUAUUCAAAAGCGCCAGUCGCUCAGAACAGUCCUAACACUGACAUCGUUUCCAUAUUCCUAUCGAAAAAAAAAGAGCACCAAAGCGGUCUCAUGCAGGUCGAAUCAUGUCGUUUGCAGUGUUUGUGCGAAACGUAACCGAUGAACCAGUGCGAGAAUGAGUGUACGAAAUGGGUGUCCGAUUGUGGCGGUCCUUCUUUGUGCUUCUAUGGGUGUAUUUUUUUGGGAUAAAGCUCGGGAGAGGAGACACGAUAUGUGACUUGAAGGGUUGCAAUUGCACCGUAAAGGUGGCCAAGUGGAAGAGUGUUAAUUGCUCUCUGAGCGGAGUUCAGGAACUGAGACUGGAUUUGUACCGAAUACCUCUCGAAACCGUCGAUGUGUUCAUCACUGGCGGCGAAAAAAUAGCCUUGGGUCCAAAAUCGUUCGACCGGAUGGAGGGUUUGGCCCUUCUUCACAUAGAAGGCACUCGUUCUGUUGUGAUGGAAAAAACAUCGUUUCGUAACGUAACUACUCCUAGUCUAAUAAUUCAAAUCCAAAACUGUGAUCAAUUAAGCAUAAAGACUGGUGCAUUCGACAAUGUGCAGAGUUCCAUAGAAGUUGAAAUUGUUCGAUGUGGUUCAGUAAAUGUGGAAAAGACGGCGUUUGGGAAACUGAAAAGUGCCCUUUUUAGAGAAAUCGAGGAAUUAGUGUUAGCUACGGAGACUUUUGAAUUUAAAAAUCAGGGCAGUAUUGGACGGCAUGGCCCCGUCACCACUAUUUUCUUUGACAGUGUGAAAAUAGCAACAAUACCGUCACGGACUUUUUUCUCGAGUUUAGCUGACGUAACAUUUCGUAAUUCCCACAUCAACGAAAUAAAGACGGAAGCAUUCUCGGCGAACCAAAUUUCUUCAAUCACAUUUUCCAAUUCAUCAAUCGAUUACAUCGACAGCAACUCAUUCAUAAGUCGGACCCUAAUUUACAACUUCAAACUCCAAAAAUGUACAAUUAAACAAAUCCGAGAAGGGGCUGUCAUGUCCGCCAUAACGAACCUAACUGUUCAACAUUCCAAUAUAACAGAAAUUCAGAGCGGAGCCAUCAACAGCACCGUGGCUAAAGUCGACAUCUCUGACAACGCCAUCAGAAAUCUCCAUUCUUCAGGUCUUAGUUUCAACAACUGGAACAAAAUCUCAUUCGACCAUAACAUCGUCUUCAAGUUAAACUCGCACUCGAUCCAAGCUCCGGUUAAUCCGGACGUUAUCGAAUUCUCAUUCACCGGAAACGAAAUCUUCAAAUUCUCUCCAAGUGCCUUAAGUUUCGUGCCAGAUUUAGACGACCACGUCUUUGUAUUUAAAGACAAUUUCUUCGAACAAACGUGCCAUUGUACUUUAGACGAAUGGAUCGUCGAACUCAUAAAUGCCAACAUUACGAGCAAAAUUAACAAAAUUGCCAACAACACGUUCUGUAGAAUCACCGAUUUUUUAUCGCAAUGUUUCGAGUUGAAAGUCGGGGUUAUUAAUGUGAAAAAUUUCACACAACUCGUCUGUAACUCAAACUACACGGUUAUCUGUGAGCCUUAUAAAGGAGAAACGAAAAUUGUCAAUACCACAAUUGCGAUUUUCACCGAUCUUGAUUCAGUAACUCCAACCAAUUGGUUGACUGUUAUCAUAACCACAACUUCGAUCCUUAUUCUGCUCGUCAUUGUCACUUCUACCAUAAUGUUGAUUAGAGGAAGUCGCUGGUUGAAACGCAAAGGUUACUUCCGCAAAAUCCAAUACAACCAAAACAAUGAACACAGUAAUGAUGAAGAAAAUACGAUUGAAACAGUAGAUGAAGGAGACAAGCUUGAUAUUUCCGAGGAUUUAACUAUGGAGUUGCUCCAAGAUUUGUCGAAAAAACUCGACGACCCUUUAACCCAUCAAGAAGCCUCAGAAAUGAUCGAGCAACUCUACCAAAAAUACAUCCACAACAUGGGUUCCGAAAACAACAACCAACAAGACGACGAAGCCCACUUAUACGAAGAGUUGGGGAACUUGCAAGCUAGCGAAUCCAACAAGCAACAAAGCGGUCCGCGCAGUAUUCUCCGAUUGAUGGAAGAGAAAUUCAACACCCAAUUUGAAGACAUUGAUGCUGAUGAUCGACCUGCCCUCGCCGGCGAAUACUCCGAACCGUCGGAUGCUGCCGUUCACCUUUAUUCAGAAUUACGCCAAAACAAAGACGAAAGUGAGAAUAAAGAUUCGCUAAAGUCGCGAGGUUCAAGUAAUAUGGCGUUCAGGCCGUUGCCGGAUAAACCAGGAUCGUCAAAAAUGUUGUAGUGAUCUCGAGAUAUAUUCCAGACAAUCAGUGCCUCGUGAAAUUGAGAUGUAGCUGUGAUAAUGUACAGUUAGUGUGUGGCAACGCAAUUGUCGUUGUUUACGUGUAUAUUUUGUAAUUUUAUUUUGAUUUUACGUAAAUAGUAUUUUAUAUUAACGAUUACUUGCGUUGUAUAGUUUAUGUUAUCGGCAACAUUUUUAUCAAGUUACUUAUAUUCUUUUUGCCAUGUGAAAAGAAGUGUAAGGAAUUUAUAUUAUGAAAUAUAUUGAUGACAAAUU